CUAAAUGACAUGACCUUCUUUGAUGAACAUGAACAGAACAAUUACAAAAUUAUUACAAGGUAAAAAUGAAUAAUUUCCCUCGCACACUGUACACAAAAUGUAACCCUGAUAAAGCCGUUACUAGAGAUGAACAGUAAAAACAAACAUCUCAAAUAUUUAUUGGUCGGUUCAACAUCCGCUCAGCUGUAUGUUAGGUUAGGUUCUACAUGUAUGGACUCAGUUAAUGGAACUCUUUAUCUAUCCCAAGUAGACCCACGUGUCCCACUCCGUGUUGUGUAUGUUAAUAAUGAAUGUAAAUGGUGUUGGUAAGCUGGUAGAGAAGGAGAGGAUCCGCCCUUUGAGCGCCAGUCACGUGGCUCUCGCCAUCUCUCGCUCGUUCACACUGCAGCGGUUUGGUGCAGCGGUUUGGGGUCUCGACUGUCGUUCACUCUUACAGCUGCUCUGACUCUAACUUAGAAAAAACCCUUCCGGACAGAAAACACUGUCGAACCAUGUGGAGGUUUUCGGUGUGGUCUAUUUUUUUGGUCCUUUUUUCGCUGUUAGCACUGGGAGGUCUGGCACAGGAAUUCGACCUGGCCGAUGCUUUAGAUGACAAGCCUUCUACUCCAAAGCCCAAGGAAAAUGAACAACCUGGAGGAGCAGGUACAGGACCUCCUGUCAUGCCCAAAGAUCCUGUCAUGCCCAAAGAUCCUGUCAAGCCCAAAGACCCUGUUAAGCCCAAAGACCCUGUUAAGCCCCCAACGAAAACUACAAAAGAUCCAAUGGCUCUUGACCUUGCUGAUGCUCUGGUCCCCGAUGAAGAUGAUAAUGGCUUUGGAAUAGGUGACAACAGGCCUGGUAUCAGUGGUGGAAAUGGUGGAGGUCAGUUUACAGAUGAUGACCUAGCCAAUGUGAAUAAAGAUGGCACCUACCAUCCUGAGAAAGGGAAAGGAGGACGAGGAGGUUCAGGUGGUUCAGGAGGAUCAGGUGGUGUUGUGGACCCUGCUGAUGAUGGUAAUUAUGACACCAUGGCAGAGACUGGCACCAUCGCUGGUAUUGUAAGUGCUGUUGCCAUGGCGCUGGUUGGUGCAGUCAGCAGCUAUAUCUCUUACCAGAAGAAGAAGCUGUGCUUCAGCAUACAGCAGAGUCUGAAUGCAGAUAUGGUUAAAGCAGAGAAUCCAGAAGCUGUCGUGGCUCAGGAGCCUCAAGUUCAACAAACUCUCCUCCAGCCCCCCAACGCUGAGCCGCCCACAGAAGACAACGUGGUGUAACCUGUGAUACAUCUCCCAGCCUGAAGAGGGAGCACUGCUCAACGCAUACACACUCUCAGUUGGGGGGCAUCUGCUUUGUGACUAAGUCAAACGUUCUGUGAAUAUUUAUUUAACCGUUUGUCUUCAUUCUCACUAAUACGACUGUUUACAAUAUUAUUCAUAUGAAGUUGGAAAUUGUGCAGAAGUUUAAUGUGUUUCUAAUUGAAAGUACAAACUCUGAGACAAACAAUUCAUGCAUUAGUGCUGCUCCCGCUUUUUAGUUUCCAUCACACUUUUGUGUGAAAGCAUCACUGUGUUCAUCAUUAAUCCAGAGUCUGUGAUUGGAUUAUCCACAUCGUGUUCAAAUAAAUAUUUCUAUAGGAAACGCUUUAGAGCAGGGAAGCCUUACUGUGUUCCUGUAAAAUUACAGUCCAGUGCAGUUUGGGAAUUUUCCUGAAUCACACCCGAUUUAAGUCCUCGGGUCAUCAGGUAGGAGUGUUAGAUGAGAAAUCAUCACACUGUGCAUGAUUACAGGAAUUCAGGGCCAGAGCCAGGCUCCCCUGCUUUAUAAAUUAAUUGUUGAUGAUCACCUUAAAGUAAUUCCCAGUGAAGAUUUAUCACCUUUUUACAAGCAUCCUUUUCACAUUUAAAAAAAAAAAAAAAAAGAAAGAAAAAAAAUUGCAGUGAUUUGUACAUUUGUGCCCUGCAUUUCUUUCAGAGCCGUGGAACUGAAUUGUUGUGUAUAUAGGCAGGUUUUUUUGUGCUCUGAAAUUGAACAGGACUUUUGAGAAGAUAUCUGCUCACGGUUUAAUUUGCUUUUAAAAACAGACUGACAAUUGGAGGUGAGCGUACGUGUAUCAAAAGGUGGUUGUGUUGAAGAAACCUUGUUGAUCAAUCUUUGCUAACUUGCUCUGUGUGUGUGUGUGUGUGUGUGUGUGUUUACUGGUACAACAGUGGUAGCAGAUUUUCAGAGGCAAGCUUACAGUAACGAAGACGCUCAAGUGUACUUGUUUGGAAGAUGUAGAAACUCAAGUCUUACAUGUUAGCACAAACAUGUCUUUUUCCUUUAUUAGGGAAUUUGUGCUUUUGGACAUUUUUGAAAGAUAUCGUGCUUGUGAAAUGUGCUUUGCGUGUUAUUCAUGUUCAACUGGUUAUAUCGGUGUAUCUUUAUAUACACUUGUAGCAGUGUAGCUACAGUACAAUAGAUUUCGUUAGCAGUCAUAUCAAUGGUCAUAUGAAGUGUUUGGGCUUAGAUUUGUGUCUUUUAGAAUCAUUUACACUCUAUGGCACCUUUUUACGGUUUUGCUGUAUCAGCUGUGUUUCAAUUGAUCUGUGUUUGAUUAUUUCCUCCCUUCGCUCAAACACUGUGUUUGAGAAGGCCUUCUUAGCUGAACGGUUGUUUUCCUCAGCUUUGGAUUUAGCUGUAGGGCCCAGAGGUUGUUGGAGUUUGAAGAGGAGGCAAUAAAAGAUUUGGAACACGGCCCUGUUUUCCUUUCCGAGGUUCCCCGGCUUUUUUCCGUCACCCGUCACCUCCUAACCGAGCUCAAUUCUGCUGCACCUUUUUAGCCACAAGCUGCUGGUGCUUGACUUCUUAGGCCUUAUCCUGUUAAGCGGCCGCACUAUCGCAAAAAGGAGAGUUCAGUAUGCUGACUGUAUGAGCUUCAGUUGAAUGUGUAUGUGGUCGAACUCUUGGUAGGACAGUCCAGUAUAUUACAGACGAACACAGACAAAACAUCCACAACGCUUCUACUAAAUAUUGUUGAAUGUCCGCUCGUAUGCAACUUGCCAACAAUGUCACGUCCUAUCGAGAGUUUCAGUCGAUGUUUAUGAUCUAACCGAAUGUAAUUUUUUUACUCUGGUACAAUUUUCUUGACCACUUUAACGUAGCAUCUCUGGUGUUACUUUUGUCACACAUGUAUAACACCAAAGACAAGGCAAUGACGAGGUGAUCUCGUUCCUUCGUGUGUUUUUGCCUCAGAUUCUGGUGACUGUUCAGACUUGGUUUGUAGCGAAAUUUCAAAUUCACAAAUGCCUUGAACAAUAUACAUUUUCAACAAUUCGUUUGAAUCGACUGUUACAUUUCCGCUGCACGGUGGAUUUUAAGGAUGCACUGUGAUCAGUGUGGCGACGUCUGGGAGUCGAGUUACCGAAAAGGCCACAAAUUGGAGGUUACAUUUAGUCUCUAAAGGAAAUCUGGGCUCUUGGUGUUUUUUGGAUAGGAACUGCAAAACCUUUUCUAUAAGGGUGAAAACAGAUGCAUGCUUAGAUUCUUUAGCUGUAGACAGUUUUUCUUGCUUACUGCAUUGACAUAUGAAGUUUGGACGGGUUCUGUAGAGAGAAUUUUCUGAAGAGUUUUGGAUUUGCACUGCCAGUGAAGCGACACAUUUACCACCACAGAUCAAAUUGAAAUGUCAUACAGUAGGAGUUUGCAUUGCUUUACCAGUGUCUGUUCACUUCAGCCCAGACUCAUUGCUGAGACAUACGAUUCCCCAUUGUGUGAAGUCAAGAAGUUAAGAUCUACUGACAAUCUUCACUGCUUCAAUAGUCAAUUUUCUACUUGUAUUUGGAAACAAAGAUCUGUUUUAAAUCUUAUCCCUCACUGGCAAUACCUGAUAGAAAGAGAUUAACAUGAAGGGAAAAAACAAUAAAAAAAAAGACUGAAAACGAAUUUGUCUUGGA